AUGGCUCUCGUAGAUCAAUUCAUGACUCUGGAUCAACUUGAUGUGGGUGUGGUGAAGACGUUUCACCCUACUGAAGCUGAGUUGGUGGGUUUCUUUCUAUACAACAAGAUUUCCAUGGCCUCAAACCCAGGCAAUCAUAUUCAGACCUUCCCUGAAAUUUGUAUAUACGGCGAGACAGGCUUACCACCUUGGGAGAUAUGGAGGGUAUAUCAGCAAUUCAAGUUUCCCCACCAAGAUUUUCUCUACUUCUUCUCCUGGGCCAAGAAAGUGAGCCCCAACAAAUCUCGCAACUCUCGCACGGUUGGCUCUGAUGGAGGAACGUGGAGCGAGACGGAAGCCGGUAGGCCUGUGUAUAUCAGUGGAAGUGAAGAGGCGUUUGGGAAAGUCAGAAAGUUUCGGUAUGAAAGGAACAAGGACAAAACGUUUGAGCAUCACGGUGCUUGGUUGAUGGAGGAGUACACCAUCAACCAGGCACCAGAUCUGGCUUUGUGCCGACUCAAAGUCAAUGAUAAAGGAGGAGGAAGAAAAAAGAGGAAGAAUAGUUCUGAUGAGACUAAUGAGGAUCAGAAUGUGAGAAGCAAAAAGUGUUUGAAAAACCGAAAGGUUGAACCGAGAAGAGAUCAAGCUAGUUUCUUGGAUCCUGAGGAGCAACAAGAAGGCAGUGCUUCCUUUGCUACUACUACUUCACAGCUAAUUCUCUCUCCCUAUCAUCAUGAAGAUGAUCAAGCGGUUCAGGUGGUUCCGGAGAACAAUUACGAUUAUGACGAGCUGCAGCAGAUCCUCUUUAGUGAUGAUGAUUGUAUGGAUGAGAAUCUAAUGUUCUCUCCCACUAUCUUCUUAUGA